AUGCGCCCGGGGGGCGCGCUCCGCUGGGGGCUGCUGGCGCUCUGGGGGGCCCUGGUCUGCCAGCAGGUGCGCGGCCUGCGCCACAGCGUCUACUGGAACAGCAGCAACCCCAGAUUCUUCGACGAGGACUACUCUGUUCAGGUCUCCAUCAACGACUACCUGGAUAUAUACUGCCCGCAUUAUGAGCGGGUCCUGGCUGUCGGAGGGCCGGAGACGUUCGCGCUCCUCAUGGUCGACCUUGAAGGCUACCGGGGCUGCUACGAAACGCAGGGAGCCUUCAAACGCUGGGAGUGCAACCGCCCGUAUGCUCCUUACGGGCCUGUCCGCUUCUCGGAGAAAAUCCAGAGGUUCACCCCUUUCUCCCUGGGCUUCGAGUUCCAACCGGGCCACGAUUACUACUAUAUUUCUAUCCCCACCUCAGAGAGUCCGGGCCGCUGCCUGAAACUGCUGGUGUCCGUCUGCUGCAAGGCAACCACCGCAGAACCUGCAACGGAGGGUCCCAAGUCACAACCUCGCGGGAGAGGUGGCUCAGAGGAUGCUGCCGUAGCCCCCGGACGGAGCUCUGCCCCCUCGUGGCGCAGCUGUGCCUGCGUGGGCCUGACCCUCCUCUCCCUCCUGCGGCUCUGACCUCAGGGAGGGCGGCAGGGAAGGAGGCCCAGGCUCCUCCAGGUGGCGGGCAGGCUGUGCGGGCCGGACGGUCCCUCUGCCCCACUCCUGCCCCGCCUCGAAAGGAUACUGGAUUCCUCACUCGGCACUUUAGGACUCGGAGGGGAUAUGCCUGCAGCUGUCCCUCAGCUGGGCCCUGCGCAGCCUCUGAGGCAAGCUGAGCUCUCGGAGGCCAAGUAAGCCAAGGCAAAGGGGUGGACGUGCCCCCAGACCUCCGGAUCCCCCAGCUCAUCUCCCUCCUGGACUUCUCAAGGCAACUGGAAGACCUUGACUGGGGGGAUGUUCUCUCCUGUUCUCAUGGAAUGUCGGAUCCAUGGUUUCUCGCCACCUGCCUCCGAUGAUAUGAGAAGAGGAAACCAGGACACCCCUCCAAGCCCCCCUUGAAUUUGAGUUUGGGGAAGGGGCACAGCAUUUCUUCCAUGGUAUGGCAGGGGGCUCAGAGAACUGUCUCCAGGACUCUUUGUAUACCAAAGACGGGGAGAGGAACCCCCACUUCUCUGUCCGGUUCUUCCAGACUUGGGCUGCUUAAAGGAAGGGGCGGCAGAUUCCCCCCCCCUUUCACCUCUUCCUUGAGCUGUGCCUUCUUACAGACUCCCUUGUCCCCCGAAAUCUGGCCCAUCAGCCUUCAGCCCUGCCCCUCCGUUCUCGACGAGAACGUUGCUGCUGACGACGAGGACGGCAGCUGCUUUUUGUCUUCUGUGAAGAUCUGUAUUUUGGCGGUGCCCAAUUUCCUCCUGGUUUUCCUGGAUCCUUUUGUUUAAAUAUAUUGGCGGGGAGGAAUUGUCCUAAUUGCUGGUGAUCGAGCUGGACGAUAAAA